UAAACUGACCAGAAGGGUCGUAAAUACGAAACCCGAUCCGCGAAGUCGGAUCUUUUGUGCAGCUGCUUCAACGCUCGCAGACUGAACUUGUCUCGAGAUUGAGAAGACAACCCUUGCGAAUUUUAAAGGAAUAAAGAAAAAGCAAUACGCAACAUAUGGACAACGUGGAAAAGCGUCGAUGCGCGCGGCUGGUAUUAAGAGACAGGAGUUCAUAAAUAGACAACGGAAGCUUCCUCGAGCCACUGGAUAAACCCGAAAUUUCACACAUUUUUAUUUGGUAGAGGGAUUCCUGAUGUGGCAGCUUAAUGCCAACUCGACGUAAAGCCAGAAAGCCCUUCUGUAAAACACAAGAAGCAACACUGCUGCCACUAUGGAGAACUCUAACUAAUGUGAACUUGAUGGGGAUGAUGAUAUUACACAUUGCAAUGAUGGAACAGCCGCAUUGACAAAGAUCAACUGCACUCACUCUCAGUGCGCUGCUGCCAGUCAGCAUGCUGCGGAUACUGUCACUCAAAUUUGGCCGCGUCUACCGGUGCGGCAAGUUCCUCUUCAUCGUAGCUCUUUUUGUUAUCCUGCUGAUGAACACUCACAACCUUUUAGCCUCUUUCCAGAGGAACGAGCUCACCGACCGGCGAUUCAUCGGCCUCAACAAGUGUCCGGCCUGCUUCGGCACUAGCUGGUGCCGCAAGUUCAUGAACAGCCAGGUGACCUUCGAGAUGUGGGGUCGCCUGCGCUUCCUAGACUUUUUCAAUGUAAAGAAUGUUUAUUUUGCUCAAUAUGGAGAACCCAGGGAAGGAACGCGCAGGGUCGUGCUCAAACGCCUGGGCUCCAACCAAGAGCUCGCAGAGAUCGAUCAGAAGAUCUGCAAACGGGCCACUGGAAGACCUCGCUGUGAUCUCAUUCAGGGUAUGUACAAAACGGAGUUCGCCCGACUUAACGGGGACGUAAGGCUGCUGACCCCAGAGGUGGUGGAGGGCUGGUCGGAUCUGGUGCACUGCCCCUCACAGAGGCUUCUUGACCGUGUGGUCAGGAGGUACGCGGAGACCAAGGACUCUGGCAGCUUCCUGCUGAAGAACCUUAAGGACACGGAACGAAUGCAGCUGCUGAUGACGUUGGCGUUCAACCCUGAGCCACUUGUGCUGCAGAGUUUUCCCUCUGAUGAGGGCUGGCCGUUCGCCAAAUACCUGGGGGCCUGUGGCCGGAUGGUGGCGGUGAAUUACGUGGGCGAGGAGCUCUGGAGCUUCUACAAUGCACCCUGGGAGAAAAGAGUGGAUCUGGCCAAGCAGCUGAUGGACAUCGCCGAGCAGCUGACCAACAACGACUUUGACUUUGCACUUUACCUCCUAGACGUGAGCUUCGACAACUUUGCAGUUGGGCCUCGUGACGGAAAAGUCAUCGUCGUCGAUGCAGAAAACAUCAUCGUGGCGGACAAAAGAUUGAUUAAGCAGAAUAAACCAGAGAACUAUGAUGUGUGGUACGAGAGCCGCUACGAGGAAUGCGACAAAGAGGCCUGUCUCUCCUUCUCCAAGGACAUCCUCUGCUCUCGAGUCACCGUGGACCACAACUACUAUGCUAUCUGUCAGAACCUGCUCUCUAGAUUCGCCACCUGGCGCGGCACCACGGGCGGUCUCCUCCACGACCCCCCCGCCGACUUGGUCAAAGACGGCCGCCUCACGGCUCUGCUGGAUGAGUGCACCAGGCCUCAGAAACAGUACGGUCGCUUCCAGGCAGCUAAAGAACUGCAGGAGUACCUGACAGAACUCACACAGCUGAGCAAUACUAACAGGUAGUGUCAAGAACAAGGGACAUUCUGUGCCCCCAUCCUCCUCAAAAAAGACCACUGAAUUACUUUUACAAAUGUGCUACCAGAUUCUGGAACACAUUCAUUCACCUUCAAGGUAGUCGCUAUUUCGUUGCCGCUAUCAAUCAUGCCAACAUUGGCUCCAGUCCUGUCCGGGGACUAAUUAAAGAAGUUUGCACAUGAACAUGGAUUAAAAGGUCGUGUGAAAAUCAGCAGACUAGAAGCUCAAACUGCUAUGAUCACACUAGUGUGUGUGUGUGAUUGUGUGUGUGUGUGAUUGUGUGAGUGUGAGUGUGAGUGUGAGUGUGUGUGUGUGUGUGUGUGUGUGAUUGUGAUUGUGAGAUGAUUGUAAUAUCUGAUGCUUCAGUGAACCCUUGCUGCCAAUAUAGGUUCUGAUCAAGAUCCUGUAAUAUGGUUUCUAAUUAAUUUAUAAAUUGAGUGCUGUAGGUGCACCGUGAGCAGGGGUUAUACCUGAAGUGAUACAGGGAGCUUUGUUUAUAUUUGGGUGAAUCUUAACAAAAACAUGUCCAGGUCAUGUUUUAAUCCAAAAUAAAAAAUAAAAAAACAGCUAUUUGAAUCAAAUACAUUACUCU